AUGUUUUGGUUCUCCGAGUCAAAUACGGAAGGAAUAAUUACCUUGGAUUUCAACAAGCCGAGGUUCUCAAUUGGUAUCAGUGAAUUGCAUUUAUCUUAUUUAGACAAGAAAUCUAUAGACGAAGUUGCCAAUGUGGCUCAAGAUUUAAAAGGUUUAGAAACCCUAAAAUUAGAAAUGUCAACUGUUGAAGAACAAUGGGCAAUGUUUUUACGAAAAUUAGAUGAUGACACUAUACCAUCAGAUCAUGCCGAAGAAGAAUGCAACAAAUUGAUUGAUCUAUUGAGAAAAGAUUACAAAGAAGAGAAGAUUAUUAAAAAUUCAUAUUAUCAUACAGUGAUUGCAAAUGAUAUUAUUAUGAAUGAAUGGUCAAUACGUAAUUCUUCAAAAGCUAAACCUGCUUUGAGUCAUUUUGAGAAAGCUGUUCAAUUAGAUGAAGCUGCUUCUGGUGCGGCGCAUUUAGGUAUAGCCUGGUGUACACUUAUAAUUCAAGAUAAGAAUUAUAAAAAGAAAGCACUUGAAUCAUUUGAUAAAUCAUUAAAAAUCUUAUCGAAUGAAAUGGCAAUGUUAAAUUCAAUGCAAUUACUUUUAGAACAAAAACAACCGACAUUUAUUGGUAGUGAACUAUAUAAACAGCUUAUGACGAAAGUAACUAUUUUAGGUACAUAUUUAAAUAGUGUUCAAAGUAAUAUCGGUGCGAUUAAGAAAUCUUUGAGACUUAUUGAUUUGAUUGAAAUUAAACAACAAUCGAAUAGCAAU